CUCACUCCGCACGCACUUACUCACGCAAGCAGUCACUGACAUGUUCGGACAGGUCCCGCCCAUGUGUCUCGCUUCUUAUCUAGAUGGCCAGUUUGUCUUCCGAGUCAAAAUCCAGACAGGGUGAGUUCGAGUUGUUCAGAGUGACAUUGUACAUCUUUCUGUUUGUUCCCAAUAUGCACUCAAGACAGUGUCUAUCUGAAUUACUAACUCUGUGUAUCUGUUAUAUGAAACGACGACCGGUUACAUGUACAGCGGACCCGUAUUGAGGGCCUCUCCAAUGCAACUGCACACAUGUGAUGCUGGCCUUCUUACUCUUUGUGCUUGCUUUGUCACCUCGAGCCAUAACAGGUGUUGGUCUGGACCUGAGUUGUUUCGGGAAGACUGAUGGGUUCUACCCCAGCCCCAUGGCCUGCGAGGAGUACUAUGUGUGUACCACUGGCAGACUCUACAGAUUCACGUGUCACGCUGGUCAGUUGUUUAACCCUCGGACUGGCAGUUGUGACAAGUCACAUAAUGUCCAGUGUAACGCUGCCCGACCGGUCAGCCUUCAGACCACUCAACAAAUUACAGGGUCCUUCUGUCUCGGGAAGCCAGAUAACUUCUACCCAAGCGCUGACUCAUGUGAUCGUUACUACAUCUGUGCCAACCAGUCAGCCAUCCCGGCCACCUGUCCUUACGGCCUGCUCUACAGUCCGACCAAACAGUACUGUGACUUGCCUAGCAGGGUGUCAUGCCUGCCUGGUCAGACUGUGCCGCCAUACACCACACGUGCACUUCCUACCAGAUGGAUCCAACCGACCAGAGCAACAUAUAAACCUGUCACACAUUUACCUCCCUUGACAGUGUCCGCGACAUCAUCAGGGUACCCGGGAGGGUCCACUCUGCGACCUUCACUCAACCCCCCGAAGGACUACAUCACCCUCUGCAGCAACAAGCCCAACUCCGUGAUGGCAGCUCCUGGUCUGUGCGGCCAGUAUGUCCAGUGCCUGUACCGGAUGGCUGUAGUGAGGAUCUGUCCGACCGGCACGGCCUUUAACCAAGUCAUACAGGCGUGUGACUACUCUGACAAAGUACCUGGCUGCCACUGAACAAACUGUACCGCCACCAGGUUUGGGAGUUGUACAGCUGUACCACAUCCAAGUAUAAUAAAAUACAGCUUAGUUACCAAAUGGUGUCACCCCAAGAUCGAAUACCCCCCUAGUUUGUAAUAGUAUAUUAGCAAUGUAAAAGAACUCUAGGCCAUUUUUCUUCUACGUCUCCAACGAGAUAAUCUGUUUUCGCCAUUUCUUCGGGGAGCGGGAGUCCGACACUCCACCAGUACCAUCAGAUGGAGGCUGCGGGCUGCUGGUCUGAUGGAAUGCCCCCGUCCACACAGACAAACACAGACAUGAACGUCUUCGUGAUGCAGACCCCGACAAAAAGUUCAAAUAGAGGACAUGGCGCAGGGUUCAUUGAUCUGAUGAAAGUCGUUGUCUUGUACACGUUACCGACGGCCGACGUUGCGUAACUUAUGACUGCAAGUUGGAUCUCGUUUCAGUACCCGGGACACUCAUUGGCCAAUGGUAUCAAUGAUACUGGAUAUCGCCGUCGUGCUACGUUUUGAUAACCAUCCACGUGUCAUCGUCCGUUUUUCAUUUCUCGAGCCGUCAAGGCCUAUUUGCAGAACAACGCCAUCGAAACACAGGAAUUUGUUAUGGGUAAUCGUGGACGGCAUGUCCGGUUAGACAUCCUCCAGUUAAAAAUCUGCAAGAAUUGACGCAGGCACUCCAUGGGGAUGUUAAGAGUUGAUUAUCAGAAUGAGGUGGCUGGCAGACAAUCAAUAAAGACAAAAUUAUCUGAA